AUGAAAGAUAAAAAUGAAGCCAGGAGGGAGUUUGUUGGGAAGAAAUCAGUCAAGGAACAAAGAGAGUAUUUGCCCAUUUUUGCAAUUCGAAAAGAGGUACGAAGGAAUCUAUGUUAAGCUGUGAAAGAUCUCUACGAUAUGUAAAUAAACGAUAUGUAGUGUCUGUUUUUGCUUAAUUUUGUGCAUUUGAACAGGAAUUUAGAGCUGUCGUAUUUGUUUAUUUUCCAGGAGACCCAUACGGCCUUGGAUGCUCGCUCGUGGGAGCAGUGUUAGAAAAAGUUGUACAACUCAGCCGUCUGCCUCGUAAGAUGCAUCUAGGAAAACGUAAGAAGGAAGGAAGAGGGAGAUAAUGAUGAAAUGAAAUGGUUACUUAUUGUAGGUCAAAACGUACCGACUCAACGCCAUCUAGCCCUUUCCACUUUGUUAUUAAGUACACGACAUGUAGAACCCACGUUGCGUAUGCGAAUUUGUUUUUAAUCUGGUGUAAAACUACCGUACCUGUUCUUUUCAGCUUCUGAAAAUCGCGGGAGACAAUCAUGUUAUUGUAGUUGGUGAAACAGGCUUUGGAAAAAGCAACACAGCUUACACAGGUAAGUAGAAAAGUGAAUCGCUCGACAGGAAAACAGCGCCGUUGUGAGGUUACGCAUAACGAGUUGACGUCUGAAAAUGAAAUUUUGACCCUUAUUGUCUCCUGUAAAAUAAAUAAUCUUUCUUUGCUUGGGUUGUAUGUAAUAACAAAAUAACAGUGUCGAAAUUUGGUAUUUCUGCGUGGAGAUUAGUUAUCUCCGUGUGGCCAUGUAACCUUCUCCCUUUGUCACCGCUACGGCUGCACAGUGAGGUGUAUGUUUCUCUCGGUUGUUGUUAUUGUUGCUGCUUAUUCAUGUGAGGCAAUCCUAGACUUUCUUUUCUUCUAGUGCAUGCAUGAGAAUGAAUACACAAAUGGACUGGACUGA